AUGACCUCAUUCUAUGUGUCGGAGAACAUCUCUUUCGAAAUCCCGUGGGAAGACGUUAAAUCCGAUCGCGCCAAAUUCUUGGACGAUCCAAACAUCCUUGCUCGAAAUGACACUUCGCGAAAGCAGCUCCGCGAACCUCAGUACACUCCAAGGUCUGGACGCGUCGUUGCAGGUAAUAAGCGAGUAGCACAAUAUCGGAAUACACAAGGAUAUAAGUCGGGUGGCGGGCAGGUCCUGCAAAGUAUUACAGCCACACCGGCGCUUAACCAUUCUAGCUUUGAGGAACUUCGAGUCGAGUGUUACGCGCAGUCCCAGAUCGCAAAAGGUUGCCCGCCCUCCGUCGUCGAUCCCGUCAAAGCACCUUGGGCGGUGAUUCCUCCUGUGUACAACGCAUUUUUAGACACCUCUGAUGAUCAGAAGGAAACUGACACAGUCUUGACCGACGUAACGAUGAAGGAUUAA